AGAAGAACCAGAAGUGAUUGUUCGAUGAACAAAGAACACGUGGCGGAUUCUACUAUGUCAGCGGCGAUUGAUGGCGUGGCGGCUUUGAGAUCGGUGUUUCAGCGGGUAAACCAGGCGGCGGAGAAAGCGGGUCGUAUGUCGGAUCAGAUACGGGUCGUAGCGGUGAGCAAGACGAAACCAGUUUCUCUGAUUCGCCAAGUCUACGACGCUGGUCAUAAGUCUUUUGGAGAGAAUUAUGUGCAAGAGAUCAUUGAGAAGGCACCUCAGCUUCCAGAAGAUAUAGAGUGGCAUUUCAUUGGGAAUUUGCAGAGCAACAAAGUGAAGCCUUUGCUAUCUGGAGUUCCUAACCUUGUGAUGGUGGAAAGUGUUGAUGAUGAAAAGAUAGCAAAUAUGCUUGAUCGUGUGGUUGGAAAUAUCGGUAGAAAGCCCUUGAAGGUCUUGGUCCAAGUGAAUACCAGUGGCGAAGAGUCUAAGUUCGGCGUGGAACCCUCAGGAUGCGUAGGACUGGCGAAACACGUGAAGGAAGCUUGCUUGAAUCUUGAGUUUUCUGGUUUGAUGACAAUAGGGAUGGUUGAUUACACUUCAACCCCAGAGAAUUUCAAGUUGCUUGCGAAAUGCAGAAGUGAAGUGUGCAAGGAGCUUGGAAUACCGGAGGAGCAAUGUGAGCUAUCUAUGGGGAUGUCUGGUGACUUUGAACUAGCUAUUGAACUGGGAAGCACAAAUGUGAGAAUAGGAUCUACAAUUUUCGGGGCGAGAGAGUAUCCUAAGAAGUAAUGAUGUAAACUACUGAGUGAUGAGAUUGAUUCUAUGUUUUAACAUCAAAACCAGUUUCAGGGAAGAACAAGAGCUGAGGUUUUAAUGUUGGAAUCAUGUAGAUCUUCUCUUCUUCCUUUUUUUUUUUUUAUAAAAGAAACAAAGCGUU